UCUCCUUCGGCUCACCACCAAGUCAGGAACAAACCAACCUUAACGGCUGGGGAAAAGCCACUUCCUUCGUUAUCCGCUCCCUAGUCGGAGAUUUUAACCUUUCCAUCUCCGUCAUCGUUCUCUCCUGCAUACCCACUUAGCCGCCCAACCUGCCUCGUCCUUGUCGGCGGCUCUGCCUGGCAACCGGCCGUGUUUCGCCUCAACAUGGCAGAUCAGGCAACGCUUCGCAUCACCAGGGAAAUCAAACAAAUCCAGAAAGAUGCCGAUCUCUCUCUCACUGUGAGGUUCAAGGAUUCCGAUAUCAGAGAUGUGAAAGCUCUUAUCCUGGGCCCACCGGGAACGCCCUACCAGUUCGGCUUCUUUGAGUUCAAAAUAAAAUUUGGUAAAGAAUAUCCCGCAAAGCCUCCAAAUGUUCAAGCCCUUACAACGAACGGGGGGCGAACUCGCUUCAAUCCUAAUAUCUAUGCCUCCGGCAAGGUUUGCCUGUCCAUUCUAGGCACUUGGCAGGGGAACAGAGGAGAGGAAUGGUCGUCCGCUCAGGGUCUAGAGUCUGUCUUGAUCUCAAUCCAGAGCCUGAUGUCAAACAAUCCGUACGAGAACGAGCCUGGCUUCGAGAAUAAGUCGUCAAGUUCGGACAAAGUCAGCAUGAUCUCUUACAACGCCAAGAUUCGUCACGAAACUCUCCGGAUAGCAGUUAUCGAACCUCUGGAGUUGGCAUUGAGCGUUCAGAACGGCACAGCCCAGGAUACACUUGGCUCAUCCGAUGAGGCAGACCGGCUUUAUGAUGAUGAUAGUCCUAUUACGUUUGAUGAUCUCCGCAAAAGACGGUUCCUGUGGUAUUUCGAGUCCUACAUGCAAACGAUUGACGAGGCUAUCCCGGUAACGCCAUCUCAACGCAAGUUCGAGCAGAUGCCAUUCGAGGGUUAUAAGAACGGAAUGGAAGGCCAUUUUAACUACCCCGAGCUCAAGCGACGACUAGUUCAGGUCAAAGACAAGGUCUUCGAGGAGACGUUUCGCUGGGCGGCUGAGGGGUCCCAGGCCAAGAAACAGGAACUGGGGAUUGCAGUCAACUUGCAGCGUCAGUACGAACAAAUCGUUGAACACUUCAAGAGCCAGAAGAACUUCACCAUCGAUUUGAGCCUGGUAGAUGACAACCCCUUCCUUUGGGAGUUCACAUAUUUUGGUCGGCCCAUGACCCAGAUGGACGGCGGCAUUUUCAAGUUCAAGGUCUAUCUAAGUCCACGUUUCCCCGACGAGCAGCCUCGCGUCCUGGCUGAGACGCCAAUCUUCCACAUCCGCGUAUCCCCAUCGGGGGUCCUCUGCUACCUUCCCCAGCGAUCCGACGAGAUGCGAUUCCACAUCGAGGCCAUUGUCGCGGCCAUGGAGGAAGAAUCGCCGCCUUACGAUCCUCGAACCACUGUGAACCCCGAAGCCACCAAACUUUUUUGGGGAAGUGCAGACGAACGGAAGCAGUACAAUCGGAAAUUACGGCGAUCGGUGCAGCAAAGCAUCGAGUAAUGCCAUCGUCCUUGGGACUCAUGAAGUUCGCAAGGAUACAAAAGUCUGUGCUAUGACAGGCGAUGCAUGAAUUUAUUAGCGAGACCAGACCUUGUCAUGUUUUCUUUGGGUCAGUCUUUGACGUGGCUUUCGUGGAUUGACGCAGGUGUUUAAGUACUGGGGGUUUUGUUUUCAUUCAUUCGAUCUAAUCCGUUUUGCGAUUUUCAAGCACCUACUCUAGGUAGUCAAUCUAAACACCAAAAAGUCAAAAUUAU